CGCUGGGCAUUGGUUGGACAUUGGUUGACUGUGAAGGGAAUAAUGGAGUUGGGACACGUCUACCACUCUGCGGUGUGUGUGGAUUAUCUAUGAUCGCCAGCCCCAGUCAAGCCACAGUUCAUCCAUGAAGAUUGCAGCCACAGAUUGACAACGUCAUGUCCUAUUCUGAUGUGAGUGAGUCAGUCAGUCAGUCAGCGGGUGAGGAUAAGUUGUUGCCUCGAGAACUGUACUUGCGUUUAUGGCCAUUCGGGACGGGCGGGAAGAACCGGCAACGGACCAACCCCCUUCCAUCCCACGCAUCCAUCAGCAUCAUCGGCUUCAAUCAGCACCAAUAUCUCCCUCUUACACACCUCCCUUUCAUGGAUGUCGCUGCCCUUGCUCUGGCUGAUGCGCCACCAUACCAGUCCCAACAGUUGAUCCCCAUCCAUGAUCACCCACCCCCGCUUGUCCCGGUACAAUGGCCUAUUGGGGAGGCGGGAAAAGCGCGGAAUAAUCGACAUACCAUCCAAGGGUUGAUGGGUCCUACCGUAGAGGACUCCUGUUCAUAUAAAUGUACUCAUUCUUUUCCCCGAACGUCAGCGGCGCCUCGCGCCCUUUAUCCGCCAGACAUAGAUAUCUUUCUGACCGAUCCCCCUCCCCCUCCGGUGCAAAAACCAUACUGCCUUCGACAUCCCUGUCUGGCGCAUAACUGAAACUGUAACCAACGAAUCGGCAUUCUCGACUACUGCAACAUCUGUGCCUUUCUCAUCUCCCGUCUCGUUGCUUUUUCUCUAGGGUUUCUCUUUAUCCUCAGACAUCCUUUACCCCUCGAUUCUUUUUAAGGGUCCUCCCUCCUCUCCACCUGGAGAGGCUACACGGAAACCAUCUCCGUUCAGACCUUCUUUCCAGCCCUCCUACUUUUUUUUCUCACACUCAUUUUCUUACUCGACCGUGA